AUCAGCGAACCCCUAAACUGGACGUCAACUUCGUUCUCCCCAGUGCCCUUCCGCGGCUCGGGUAUCCCAUGGCCAGCGACAAGAACCCCCCCCGGCUCUACUGUCAGAAGUGUCGGACCCCCAUCGAAAUCGACGCCUCCCUCGACCAGCUCAAUCCAGCGGCCUUCAAGCUGCUAACUCCGCAGCUACAGCAAGCACGAAACACCCCACCGCGCCAGUCCCGCCCAACCUACCCCUCCGCUCGCUAUCAAACCUAUGAUGCUGCCAUCCAGUCCGCCCGAAAUCCAACAUUCAAGCGCAGUGUCCCGCCGACCCGCUACACCCAGCAUGGCGGCCGCAAUCCUGCCAUGUCCUUUGUCAACGUGCACUUGUCCGAGUCGAUGCUCUCACCACCGUCAUCCCCCUCCAACCGCACCCCCGACAGACAAUUAGUGCGAGAGGAGAGUGAAAGCAACGGUGCGGAAAUGACGCGCCGAGCAAGCGUGACUGGAGCUCCCGGCGUUGAAGGGGCGGGCCGCAUGGCCGACGGCAUGGAAACCACCAACCGCAUGUUCGAGAUCCUGUCCGCACGCUCCGACAUCGACCACCCUAUUUGCGUUGAGUGUACUGAACUCCUUGUCGACGGCCUCCAGAAGCGUCUCGGUGUCGCUACAAGAGAACGGGACGCCUACGUCGACUACCUCCGCCGCGCUAACACGGACGUGCCUUCCGCCGAAGAGAUCACCUCUGCGCAGGUGGCGCUCAAAUCUGCUAGCCGGGAUGAGGCUGCCGCUAUAUCCUCACUCGAAAAGCUCGAGGCCGAAAAGGCAGAGCUGGACGCCGAACUCGCCGCUCUUGAAGCCGAAUCCCGCGCCCUCGAUGAAACCGAAUCGGACUUCUGGCGCGACAGAAACGCAUUUUCCUCCACUCUGUCUAGUUUCCAAAACGAGCGGGAUGCCCUCAUAGCGAAACAUGCGCACGAUGCCCACAUUUUAACUCAACUCCAGCGUCGCAGUGUCUAUAACGAUACCUUCAAUAUUACUCAUGACAACCACUUCGCUACCAUCAACGGUCUCCGUCUAGGCCGCUUGCCCUCUCCAUAUGUCGACUGGCCCGAGAUCAACGCCGCGUGGGGGCAAACCUGUCUCUUGCUCGCAACGCUCGCCGAACGGCUCGGCUACAAAUUCCAGGGUUAUGAGCUCUGUCCCAUGGGUUCCAACUCCACAAUCCUUAAGCUCGAAGCAAAAGGCGGGAGCAGUGUCACAAGCACCGACCGCAUCUCUUCCACGACAUCCCCACCCACUGUGACUAGGCAACGCCUCGAACUCUACUCCUCCGGGGACUUCCCGCUAAAUUUCACCUUCCUCCAUCGCAAGUUCGACGCUGCCAUGGUCGCCUUCCUGGAAUGCUUGCGUCAACUCGGGGAGUUCGUCGAGUCCUCCGGAGCCGCUCACGGCGGUGGAGGACCUGGGGGUUUAGGUACAGUUAAGAUGCCGUAUGAGAUACGGAAGGACAAGAUUCAUGAUCAGAGUAUCAAGCUGGCGUUGAAUAAGGAGGAGCUUUGGACAAAGGCCUGCAAGUAUACGUUGACGUGCUGCAAGUAUCUACUAGCGCAUGCCAAUAACGUUGAGAGCCAGGGAAUGAGGAGGGGCCGGUAGAGCCGUAGAUGACAUGUUCGGAUUUCUACCGGGUAGUUGAAUAUUUGCUACGGAUAGUGAGAUAGAUAUGAUACCCCUUUCAGAUUCGG